AUUUGUUCCACUCCAAUGUUUGCAGAAAGCCAGCUAACGUUUGCCGGGAAAAAUCAGCUAACAGCAACUUAGCUAACGUGAUCUCACUGAUGAAAAUGACAUGUAAUGAACUUCCGGAAGUUAGCUUUCACCCAUGUUUCACCUGAACGGUGCUUACUGCACCGUGUCGUCUCACACGUGGCUGCCGUGGUGUCUGGGUGCUUAUGGGUGGGGAGGACCAAAGGUUUAACACAGGCGUUGCAGGUACUUAAAUAAAGAACAGAAAAGCUCAGCUACAACAACAAAGAGGCCUGACUUCGUUCUCUGCUCAGGACGCCAUUACUCCACAUAUCUUUACAUAGAAAUGAAUUGUUUUGCUAUAUUGUUUAAAAUCUUGCUUAGAUAACCUUACAGAAAAACAUGGAGGAAAAAUGAGAAAGCUAUCUAAGUAUGCUACUGAAGAUUAAUUGUUUGUACACGUCUCUAAAUGUUGACAAAUGUAAGGGGCUCAAUAUUAUUAAAGUCAGUGGUGAGUAGGCUAAUUCAACAGAUGGGUGAGUUUUGUAGAGUCUGGCAACUUAAACCUGACUCUUCAUCUCACCAGUGCUGAUAGUCUCUAAACGCUACUAAUAGUCUUCAGUUUUUAUCAACAGGUUAUGUGUAUUUAUAUGGCCAGGCACCAUACAGUUUACAAGUGUGAUCUAAUUUGUUCCUUUUAUUCUGUCCUUUUGUUCAAGAAAUGGAAAGUGGAGAGAUCGGUGAAUGUAAAACAGGCUUCUCUCUCUCCAUGCCAGGGCCUUCAGUUAAGUCUGUUGCAGAUAGUUACUGUUGUGGAGACUGGAGGUGAGCCAGGACCCCUGUGGAAAUGUUAUUUUAACUUGAGUGGUUUCAUCCUGUGUCAUUUUUAUGUUUUCUUUGUGUUCAACGUUAUUUAUAAUUUGUUUUGUUGUGUUGUCCCACGUUGAGUUUAAUCUUAAUAUUGGCACAAAUGUGUGGAAUGUUUUCAUGACAGCAUCAAACCAACCAGUGUUUACCAAAUGACACGGAUCAUUACUUAUGCUAUGCUUCCUCAAGCAUGGUGUCCUGUUUGUGCAAAAUAGAAACUGCAGACUGUCUGCAGGGCCUUAUCUCCUCGCUGACAGGCGCUUCAGUGAGCGCAGCAGAGCGCAGCGCCUCUUGCGCCCCCCGCAGUCUCUCCCCGGUACAACAGCUGACUGUGAAAACAUCCUGCCUCUCUCCAAUCGCUGUUGAGCUGCUGCUGCGGCGGCGGCGGCGUGCCUCCGACACAACGGCGUCCCGUCUCUUGCGGGUGACUGACAGACUGCUCGGUGGGAACGUUAUGGAUGAACGGACCCUGAGCGAAGCAGCGCGCCGCUUUCCCCAAAUGGCGGAGUGAGCGAGGAUGCGACUCCCCAGUUCCAUCUUUGUGUCGGUGUCUCUGUUCACGGCCGAGACCACGGCAGCGCUUUACCUCAGCUCAACGUACCGCUCCGCCGGAGACCAGAUUUGGCAGGGGCUCACGCUCCUCUUCACGCUCGUACCGUCCGUGCUCGUGCAACUGACCCUCACCUUCAUCCACCGGGACCUGAGCAGGGACAGACCGCUCAUUCUGCUGCUGCAUAUCCUGCAGCUUGGACCCAUCGUCAGGUGUCUGGAGGCGUUCUGUAUCUAUGGCAGUGUGGGCCGAGUGGAGGAGCCUUAUGUCAGCAUCACCAGGAAGAAGCAGAUGCCCCGCGGGGGUCAGUCUGAGGAGGUGGAGCGGCAGGUGGGGCAGGCGGAGGGGAAACUGUUUACACACCGAGCAGCCUUCGCCCGCACCUCUGUCAUUCAGGCCUUCCUGGGAUCGGCCCCCCAGCUCACCCUGCAGCUCUACAUCUGCGUCCUUCAGCAGGGGAUGUCCAUCGGUAGAGGCACCCUGAUGGUGAUUUCCCUCCUUUCCAUUGUGUAUGGAGCACUGCGCUGCAACAUCCUGGCCAUUAAGAUCAAAUAUGACGACUAUGAAGUGGACGUCCGGCCCAUGGCUUAUCUGUGCAUUUUCCUGUGGAGGAGCUUUGAGAUUGCCACCCGUGUGGUGGUCCUGGUUCUGUUCAGCUCAGUGUUGCAGCUCUGGGUCCUGCCCGUGGUUCUGCUGAACUUCCUUGUUUUCUUCCUCUAUCCCUGGAUCCUGUUCUGGCAGAGCCACUCACCAUUCCCUGAGAAUAUAGAAAAAACUCUGACCCGAGUGGGGACCACCAUCGUGCUUUGCCUGCUCACCUUCCUCUACGCCGGCAUCAACAUGUUCUGCUGGUCAGCCGUGCAGGUGAAACUCAAUGACCCGGACCUCAUCAAUAAGUCCCAGAACUGGUAUCGCAUGGCCGUGUACUACAUGUUGCGCUUUGUGGAGAACGCCUCACUGCUUCUGCUGUGGUACAUCUAUAAAACUGACUUCUACAAUUUCAUCUGUGCGCCACUGCUGGUGCUACAGCUCCUGGUAGCCUACGCCAUCGCCAUCUUCUUCAUGCUGGUCUUCUACCAGUUCUGUCAUCCAUGUCGGAGGCUAUUCUCCUCCAGCAUGACCCAGGGCCUCUGGAACUGCUCCUCUCUUCUCUGCCUGAUGUGCAACUCUGCUUCUCCGCAGAACAGGCCAAUAGGAAAGGCCGUCCUGGAGCCGCCGAGCCCCACGGAGCCAGCGAAUGACAGAGCCCGUGACACAGCCAGUGACACCACGGACGACAUGCCUAAUGACACGAGUUACGACAUGCUCAACGACACAAUCUAUGACAUUCCUAAUGAAAUGGGCAAUAAUAUAGAAGGUGGAAUCAAUGGCGACGUUAGCCAGAGUGUAUCCUGCAAUGCUUAACGCAUCACAGUUGUUUGAUGUGCCAUUCAGAGGAGCGACUGUCACAGUUAUCACACCCUCUGUAACCUUUUAAGUGCCACAUGGAUCCCUCUGUGAGUUGAGUUUACAUAUUAAAAACCUGUGAUCUUCAUCUCACACAGUAUAUCUCAACUCUGUCGCCUGCUCCUCCCACAUGAAGCAAAUGUGUCCUUAACUCGAGAUCUGUCCCGGCUGCAAACAUGCACAGCGUUCACUCGUGUUAACCAGCGUGCAGAAACACAGCAGAGGUGGUGCUCACCCAUCUCACCAGCCAACACCCUAACCCAUGAUCCUGCAGCCUUUAAUACAAAUAAAAGCCCACGCCAUGGACACCGCCAUUGCUUUUCUCUUUUUUUUAGGUUUGGAGACUGUGUCCACUUAUAUGCUGCAUUACUGAUCACAAGGAGCCAUGCAUUUGAAUUGAUUGUAUUUAGUAUAUCUCUUUAGCAUGGAGGUGUGCAUGUGUGGAGCCUCUGAUGAGGUGUAACUAUAAUUCUCCGGGGGGGGGGGGGGGGUGAGUCUCUUUUGUACAGGUUUUUUUUUUUCUUUCUCUGGAGACUCCUGCUAGUUUUACGGCUGCAAGCAAUCAGCUUUUUUAUUCCUUGAUAAGAGCUUUAUCAUUAACGCCACGCUGCUUCUGUGAUGUAUUUGUGCUCCACACAUUGUUUAAGAGCCUGUUCGGUCACCAAACACGUUACUGUAAAGCACGCACAUCGGCAAGCGUAAUGUUUUUGCACGUUUACAAAAAGGAUUUAAGUGACUUCGAUUCAGCCGCUGAGCAGCAACAGCUGUUGUGAUGUAAAAUGCUUCUGUUUGGAUGUAUUUGUUUUUCUAAUUUAUGCUUGUAACGUCUUUCAGCUCUGCGUCUGUGUCUCAUCUGUUACAAUAUUUACACCGAGUGUACACACAUUGUUUGGAAUUGUAACCAGUAUAUUUGCUUUUUUUUUUUUCUCAAUCUUUUAAUGAAUAAUUCUGUGUGUGAGAGGGAAUGUCAGUGUUUGUUUUUGCACUAACUCCUUUUUGCAAUGUAUCUGCAGAGGGAUGACAACCUCGGGAAUCACAUGAAUGCUCCUAAGAUAUUUGUACAAAUAAGACAAGCAACCUUUGAAGCCAAAAAAUAUGAAAAACCUACGGUACACAUCAAACAUUCUCAUACAUAACAAGAUAAAAGGCAUUUAAAAGAUGAAAAAAAAAAUCAAAAUAAAUUUAUAUUUCUAUGUGAAAA